CAGCCGCCCGAACCCGCCCAGACUGAGCGCUGGAGGUGCCGCAGCCGCCGCUGCCGCCGCCGCGAUGUGACCUUCAGGGCCGCCAGGACGGGAUGACCGGAGCCUCCGCCCCGCGGCUCCCGCGGCUCGCCUCGGCCUCCCGGGCGCUCUGACCGCGCGUCCCCGGCCCGCCAUGGCCCCUUCGCCCUCGCCCGGGCCCGCCGCCCUGCGCGGCGCGCCGCUGCUGCUGCUGCUGGUGGUGGCCUUGGAGUGCGCGUUUGCCGCGCUGUUGCCGGCGCGCGAGGCCACGCAGUUCCUGCGGCCCAGGCAGCGCCGCGCCUUCCAGGUCUUCGAGGAGGCCAAGCAGGGCCACCUGGAGAGGGAGUGCGUGGAGGAGCUGUGCAGCCGCGAGGAGGCGCGGGAGGUGUUCGAGAACGACCCCGAGACGGAUUAUUUUUACCCAAGAUACUUAGACUGCAUCAACAAGUAUGGGUCUCCGUACACCAAAAACUCAGGCUUCGCCACCUGCGUGCAAAGGUGUGAUGUGAAAGCCCAUCCCCGCCUCUGAGUCAUCCAGUCAGACACCACCGUACUUACAGUUCCAAGAAUCUUGUGCUCAGACAUGUAAACAUGUGUGAGCGGCCUUCUGCUCUUCACACGCUUGGCAGCUUAGCACACGCGGUCUGUCCCGUGCCUCUGCGACUCUGUCUGCACAGGAGACCCUCUCUUAGCGUGUCUCACCUUCAUGCUGGCAUUUCCAGCCGGUGCAUCAUGUGAGCUUAGCCCAUGCAUGUUGGCUGAUGUCCAGGUUAUUUCCAAUUUACAUCAUUAUAAACAAAACUGGCAUGACAUCCUCGUGUACCUGUUGCCUCCCACACGUCUGAGUGUCUGCGGGAUGCGUUCCCAAGGAUGGAAUCGCAGAGGCAGUCCUCAUGUUUCCUUUGGAUACAGAUACUGCCAAAUUAUCCCAGAGCCGACCUUAGCCUCCGCCCCUGCAGGGGUGAAUGAACUGUUUUUUUUUUUUUUUUUUUAAACUUUUGAUCUCUUCCAAUGUAACAGGUGAGAAAUGACAUCAUCAUUUCAGGUUUUUGUUUUGUUUGU